CACGCCGAGCCUCGACUAGCGCUUUGUGUUGCAGCCAGAAGCCACCAUGGAGUGAAAGGAUCUUUCUUUACGCUCUGACCAUAAACACAGAUCUGCCAUGAAAGCUUCGUGGUGACCGGAAAUUGUAUCUCUGGGUUUUUUUGUGCUCGCGUGCCAAAAUUAAGCGAGGAAAGAUGAAGCAGCAUGGAGUGGGUGCUUUACUGAUGCUCUGGCUCUUUAUAGAGUGCAUAGAAGCAAAGAAGUACUGCUGGUAUUUUCAGGAAGGAUACCCCACCUACUUCAUAUGCCGUUCGUAUGAGGACUGUUGCGGGACUCGCUGCUGUGUGCGCGCUCUGUCCAUCCAGAGGCUCUGGUACUUCUGGUUGUUGCUGAUGAUGGGAGUGCUUUUCUGCUGCGGAGCUGGCUUUUUCAUUCGCCGACGUAUGUAUCCUUCUCCUCUAAGCGAAGAGCCUGCCUUUAACGUGUCAUUCACCAGACACCCUGCGAGCACACCAGUUUCUCAGCAGCCUGGCAUUCAGGGUUAUGGUGACCCCAGUGUUGCCAUGACAAUGCCUCUGGCCCCUGCCUACCCGGGCCAGCCAAGUAGCACAGCCCACAUGAUGAGUUCAUACCCACCACCACCGUCCUACUGCAACCAUCCUCCACCAUCUUACGACCAGAUCUUCAAGACCACAGAGAAGAAGUAGGUCCAGAUUUUCACCAUGGCACAGCACACUCCAGCAGGUCAGCAGGUCUGAGUCAGGACGACACAACGUGAUGCUGUCCAGAACCUCUGACAGCCUACAACUCAGUCUCGAGUAGCUUCAAGUGGCUUGUUUUAAUUUUGUGUGCUUGUUUUAGGAUACAGCAUUUUUUUUAUGUUCAUUGUUCAACAUUUUAGAGAUGGGCAGAGCUGCAUUUUUCUGACUGUGUAUUUAAAUAAAGAGAACAUGAAGAUUUUUCUGGAUGGAUGGACAUGCAGAACAAGAACUGCAUCUCAGCUCAAACAUUUAGAGCUUCAGAGUAAGGAACUGGCUAGAGGCAAGAGAGGGACAAUGGCACACUGGAAAGAAGGUGGCAGUAAAUCCAACUGUCAUGUUUUUACUGUUGCUCUAAUUGUACAGAAGUAAAUGAUGGUUAUCUUUGAAGGACACCUUUGCUCGCCAAGUCCACUGCACCGUCUGGGAAAUUUGGAAGCCUGGAGGCUUAGGACAGAGAAAUUAGACCACCUUUUCUAGGGAUUGCAGUAAGGACUUUGUGUUUGAACAAGGAACUCUGCAGGCACCAACAAUCCCUGUGUUGAAGCAGAGUGCAAUGAUAACCAAGCCACCUUUCAAUCCACUAGUCAAGCAGGUCAAUACAGGUCAUUCAUUCAUCCUCAUAAUCCAUUAUACACCAGAGGCCAUUGGCUAUUCUAAGUGAAGGUCUGAUCCUGAAUCAGCUUCAUCUUCAAAUAGCUUCACGGUGAUAUAACUAAUGAGGACAAGUCCAAGGUUAGUUCGUGAUACCCAGCAUGCAGCCAUUUCACUGCAAUACAUACAAUAGAGACAACCUGAACCCAAGCCACCUUGCUCAAAUGUAAGUGAUCAAAAACAGUUACUUUGUGUUUUCCUAAUGUAGUUUUUGGACGUGCCAUAGAGGCAGUCUGGUGAUCCUCUGUGACUUGUUCCAAUCAGGAAAAACAUGCAAAAGUAUCUUGUGUCCAGGACCGAAAGUGUUCACUGAAAAGCACAUUUGAUGGAUGGUGAUGAUAAAGUGCACAAUUAAUUGCUAGUAGAAACUUUUAUGCUUUUUUUUUUAGCAAUUUAUAGCUUUGAAGGUAAAAGAAGAGUGAAGAAAACCAAGGCAGAACCUCAGCUCCAAAACUACAAUAAAUUAUUGUUCUUGUCACAGCGGUGUCACUUUUUUUGACAAAAGGGAACAUGAUGAAAUAACUUGGGUAAGAAAUUAGCAUUUGAUAGUGCAAUGUUUGCCUGGGAUUUUAAAAAAAAAAUAGCACCACAUUUAAUAUUAACACUUCACCUUAAUGAUGACAUGCCUUGAAGCCCAAUGUCAUUCUUGGAAAUGGAUCUUUAAAGAAGAAAGGUUUGAGGUAUUCUCGCAAAGUUUUAAAGGAUUUCAAAUGUUCCAGAUUAAGGUUUUUCAUGCAUGAGCAGAAGAGAUUAGGAAAUAAAAUGUUGGACAGGAUAACAUUUUGCUAGUUUUAUUUCUGUUGAUUACCGGUAUGUACAUUUUAAUGGCUGUUCUAUGCAAAGUAAA